GCCCUGGACACGACAGCUCACCAAAAAAUUAGCUGCUGUGAUUUUGUUUUACAAUUUUCGUUUAAAUUUUUACAUUUUUGUUUAGCGGAUAGCGCGGGUGUAAGAAAAUCGUGCAGUUUACAUGCAAACGUGCAAGACGGUAGCUGAAAAACGCAUAAAAAAAGGCACGCCAAGUCAAAACGAGUUUCGACGUCUUGUUGUAGUUGGAUUUUCCAGCCACUUUGCGACGAGAUUGUGUGAAGAAUUCCGUAGCAUUCAAUAGCUCCAAAAUGGUGGAUAAGUUUAUCAGCAUGUGGAAAGUGCGCGAAUUGGCGGACAAGGUCACCAAUGUCGUAAUGAACUAUACCGAGACGGAGGGCAAGGUACGAGAGGCCACCAACGACGAUCCCUGGGGACCCACAGGACCUCUCAUGCAGGAAUUAGCAUACGCCACCUUCUCUUACGAAACAUUCCCGGAAGUGAUGUCCAUGUUGUGGAAACGGAUGCUGCAGGACAAUAAAACAAAUUGGCGGCGCACCUAUAAGAGUCUCCUCCUGCUGAACUAUUUGGUGCGGAAUGGUUCUGAGCGGGUAGUGACCUCUUCCCGGGAGCAUAUCUAUGAUCUGCGCUCGCUGGAGAACUACACGUUCACCGACGAGGGCGGCAAGGAUCAGGGUAUUAACGUUAGGCAUAAGGUACGAGAGCUUAUAGACUUUAUUCAGGACGACGAUCGAUUGCGCGAGGAGCGCAAAAAGGCGAAAAAGAACAAGGACAAGUACAUCGGCAUGAGUAGCGAUGCUAUGGGCAUGCGUAGCGGUGGCUACAGCGGUUACAGCGGUGGCUCUGGAGGAGGUGGCGGCAGCAGCGGGGGCUACAAUGAUGGCGACUACCGCUCUAGUCGUGGAGACAAUUGGUACUCCGACAAGAACGCCGAUAAGGAUCGAUAUGAGGAUGAUGAUACUCACUAUGAUGGAGAGCGCGAGGGAUCUGACAGCGACUCACCCAGUCCAAGACGUAAUUAUCGGUACAAUGAUCGCGCAAGUCCCGCCGAAGUGGCUAGCGAAGCCAAGCCCAACAGCCUCAACAUGAAUAUUCGCUCGAAGAAUGUCAGCUCUCCAGUUUCCAAGCAACCCACUUCAACGGUGUCAGCCAAGCCGGCACUGUCCCAGAAGAAGAUUGACUUGGGUGCGGCUGCUAACUUUGGAAAGCCUGCCCCUGGCGGUGCUGCUGGCAUUCACUCGCCCACUCACCGCGACACUCCCACCAGCGUGGAUUUAAUGGGCGGCGGAUCGCCGUCACCAUCCACCUCAAAGGCUAACAAUAAUACGCAAAGCAAUAACAAUGAUCUGCUGGACGAUCUGUUCAAGACCUGCUCGCCUCCACCAGCGCAGGAGAAAACACUGAACAGUGCCGCUGUUAUCGUAGACGAUGAUGAUGACUUUAACCCUCGGGCCAGCGAUGUAAGCCAGCAAGAGUUCGGAGAUUUUGCUGCCGCAUUCGGUGGUCCCUCAGGAGGAUCGGCGGUCAGUGAACCACCGUCAACGGGAUUGAUUCCGGCUGCCAACGACGAAUUCGCUGACUUUGCUGCAUUCCAAGGAUCGACGACCUCGUCUUCUGCUUUGGACGGAAAUCUGUUAAAGACCGCCACUCCGGCGAAUGAUUCAUUUGACCUGUUUAAUGCUGCACCCACGUCGACGGCAGGGGCCACAACGGCUACAGAUCUCCUGGCGGGCCUGGGCGAUUUGUCCAUACACCAAAGCAUGCCCAUGGCUGUCGAAGAGCAGUUGGUAUCCGGUAACGAUUUGAUGUCGACGCCAGCUCUGCCGCCGCCGCCGGAGGCUGUGAGUUUUGCUUUGACCAAAGCUCGAAAUAUGCUGCGUGACUUGAAGAGGGUUCACAGCGCUUCAGGUGCCUCCCAAGUGGCUGUCAUUCUGAGGGAAUUACAUAACUCAAACGCACUGCCCGGUUUUACCACCCCUGAGCAGUUGGUGGGUCUUGAUCGUCAGACGUGCGACUGGAAUUUGUUGGUUAAUGGAGAGUACACAGCAUUGCUUAAUCAACUGCUGGAGCUAUUCAGCCUGGAGUGGCCGGAACCAUCGCAGGAUGUGGAUGUCCUGAACCUUUUUAAACUGGAUCACAGCUUUGAGUAUAUACGGAUAGCCUUUGAGACACUUCUGGAAAAGUUGUAUAAGAUUCCAUCUACUAUUACCACCUUCCUGGAAGAUAUGUUGAAGGAUGAGGGCUUAAUUUCUAUUGCCUUGCUGCACAUCUCUCGCCAAAGAAGGGCCUUGAUGGAACGGUUCGCCAGAACUAUCAAAAUAAUGCCGGAAAGACUUUUAGAGGAACUGGAUGCCCAGGUGAAGGCGUUCUUUCAACUGCUUAUAAGUCUGCCAGCCCAAGUGGCCAAUCGUUUGGGUCGUAGGCUGCCGGAGAUGUUUGCUCCUGUUUCUUAUCAGCAACUCUUAAUGCGCCAGUGGCUGAAAUCCUUGCACUUUGUUUUGCAAUGUGAUGAUAGCGGAGAAUACUUUGAUUUGGAACCUUACUCGUGGCUUCUGUCCCAGCUUGUUAACCUAAUUCACGAUGGUUCAACUUUGGAGAGUUUUCUGCGAGUACUGAAGGACUAUGCGGUGGCUCCCAGAGGUAGAAAAGUGGUGCAUGCCAUAAUGAGGGAACUGGAUCCUGCUGCUUGUCUAAAAACCGCUCAAUCGGCACUUUCUGCCGAAAUCAAUCUCUAUGUGCUUAUAGGUGCUGCUACUCUAGAAACUCCCCAUUGGAGACAUUGCCUGCUGCAGAAGGUGCCACUGCAACGAACACCAGUAGAAAACAAACAGCUUAAAACAUUAGCAAGUUAUCUUAAUGUCGUGGCUCCUGCUCAACUGCAGGUGCUCUUUAAUCAGUUGCUGGGAAUUUGGUCGAAGCGUAUUUCCUUGCACAAACUUGGCAGCCAGGAGCACUUGGCUAUAUCCAAAUUGAUGGUAUUGGCGGGAAAAUGCCUUUGCCGGAAUCUUGAAAUGGAUUUGGACACCAAGCGUCAGCUACACGAUGGACUCAGUAACCAUCUGCAAUCACCAGAUGCAUUACAGCGACAUGUGGGAAUGAAGGCAGUGGAGCUAAUUUUUAAUUUUUUGGCCUUACCUGAUACAAAGGAGGAUGAUCGGCUACGAUUUGAGUAUGAUGCCUUCAAAGAUACAUUGCAAUGGCACAUUUUCGAGGAAUUCGAUGAAUUGGCUCAGUUCGAAAGUCCUAGCACGUCCAAACUAGAUGAAAAACCAUGUGAAGAUCAGGUGAAUCGGUUAGAAUCCCAUUUACGGGACUUUAUGAGUACUGCGGAGGAGAAAGAGCAGCUUAAUAGCCAGAAUGUUGAAACCAAAGCGAAGCCAGCUGUUAGAAUUGAGAAUAUCAAUAUAAACAUGCAGCUUGACUCGGAUGACGAUGAACCACUUGAUGAAGACGACGAUGAUUUAAAGCCCUAUGACAUGUCAAAUGAUACAACGAACACUAUCGAGAAGCGCCCCAAAUUUAUUAUGGACUUACUGCACCUGCUGCGAACUAAAGUCGAAAACUAUGAGGUGUUUGAAGGAGCCUUGGGCACAGCGGAGCAGCUCAUCCGCGGCCAACUUGCCAAGCAUGACACCCAGUUAGCAUUAGAUCUGCUCCAGCUUUUUAUAGUCCUGGAAAUGCAGUUCUACUAUGAAAACUUCGAACGAACUCAAUUUAAGUGUUGCGUGGCCAUUUGUGUGUCUCAUCCUGGCCCCUGCGCCGAGUACUUGUGUCAGCAAUUUCACACGGAUAAUUCCACUUACUCCGCUAGUGUGCGUAUCCUGAUUCUCCAGGUGCUGGCAGCAGCUGCAAAAGAACUAUCUGGCGAUGAGAAACAGCAAGAUGAGAAUGAAAUCCUGGACAUUGUACCACCAGCUGCAAAGCAGCCGAGAAAGUUUGACCUCCAGCAGGAAGAGGAUAGCCCUGCUGCGCGUCUGGCCGCGGCCCAAAGGAUUAUCCGUAACCGUUUGCGGGCUAAAACCAAGCGGUAUUUCAGCAAGCCAAAGCUUGGGGACCGUAUAGAAAAGCCUAAUCCGUUUCAUCCGGUGGCCGGUACCUUUUUCUUUACCUUGGUGAGGGGUCAGCGCACCAGGCAGAUGCUUUACGUCAAAUACGAGAACAUAUCCCACGACAUCGAUACCCAGUUGCUUGUAAAUCUGCUGCACACCCUGUCCGUGUUCGUCAUGUGCUCCCAUAAUUGCCCACUGCUGCCGGCGAUGACCAGGGAGAUUUUUGACCUAUGCGCCUUUGUUCGUUUUAAUGCUGAGGCUCGCGUUCGGGCGGCUACUCUGCAGCUAAUAGGUACCGCCCUGGUCACCACACCUGGUCAUGUACUGGCCCAGCAUUUCGCUGAGUCUCUAAAUGAACUGCAACGUUGGCUAGAGGACUUCAUCAGAUCGCCGCUCGUGGGUGGUGAAACGUCGGAUGAGUGCCGGGACUUGGCCCAAAGUAUCCUGGACACCUGCUACAAGCUCUUCGACACAGCCGCAAUGGAACAGGCUGCCUAGCUUAGCUAUUAACCGACAUCUUAAGAAUUUAAAUCUUAAAGAAUCUUAAGAGAUCGUAACUAUAAACAUUGUAUUAAAAAUAGAUUAACCUUAUUCUUUUCUAAUGAAAAACAUAUUUGACCAAAUAUUUGGAGUCAUUUGAAUUGACUUAUAGUUACAAGAACACUUUUAAUAGAACAGCUUAGAUUUCAUAUUGAUUUCGUUAAAAUAUUUUUGUAACUUAUACAUACACUCAUUAAAAUAUUUAAGAAAACAUCAAGUCCAACCCAAAAGAGAAACAAAGAACACUGUGUCCUUAAACAUUUCCUUAAUAUUAUAACACUAAUAAUAGAUUCCCAAGGAAAAUGUAUUUGCUAGAAAUAAGAUUAUAGAUUUCUCGCCUUUCAAACACUGUAUUGCAGGUUGUAUACAUAUACGGAUUUACUUCAUUUAAAAAAACUUUCUUUCGUUUAUUUGUUUUUUCUCCAACUGUAUAUUUGUAUUGCAAACCACACACACAUCGGAUCCAAUUUUAUUUCUCAAAUAUAUAUAUGUACUUAAUUAUGGUGAA